AUGUCCACCUUAGGAAUGGAACCCCAUGAUUCCACUAAGGGUUUAGCCAUCGGGAACAUUAGCUUAAAUUUCCUGGUGGAAAGAAACAAGAAGUCGAUUCUUCCUCAUCAGAGGAAGACGUCCCCACCGAAAGGGGCAUUGGUCUAUCAGUGGGGGCGGCCACCUCCAUUGGAGUUUGAGAGGGAAUCGGCAACCAGUAAAGAUUACAGAGAGGUGAUCUCAGAUUCUGAAUUAGAUGUACUGGAAAAUACUAUGUCAUCAAUGCAGAUAUCGGAAAUCGACGAAAGUUGGCUCAAUGAAAGUUUUGAACAUGAAACAAUUGAGGAAGAUGAGGAAAUGAAAAGUCUAUUAGAGCGCCUAAGGAAAAAAAAUAGAGCUGCAAACCCAGGUGAAGACUAUUGCUUUCAGACUGACCCAUUAUGGUCACCAGAAGAGGAUAGUUCAAUUGAAGAGCCAGACCCGGAAAAUAGACUAAAAGAAUUGCACUGGUGUAACUGUGGACAGUGCCAAAUCUUGACAUCAGUAAAUGAUUGUUUAUGUUGCACUGAGAUCUAUGCCUUGGAAAGCCUAUUAACCCCAGAAAUUAAUUGUAUCUGUAAACAUCCAAGGUUUACUGAAGUUUGUCAAGACAGUGAUCAACUAAUUGGUCUCAUUACAUCGAUGCAAAUUACCACUGGUCGGACAAUGGACUCCAAAAACACUCGAUGUCUUUGUUUGGCCGCUUAUCGAGCAUUUACUAUGUGGGUACAUGGCCCACUGGGUAAACAUAACCGGAGACCAAUUCCAACGUGUGCAGUUCUAAAAAUCAGAGCUCUUUUUCCUGAUCAAAAUGGUUGUUACACGGGUUUUCACUAUUAUCAAGACGUUCCACUUACCCAAUCUGAUUUGGAUUUUAACUUUUAAUGCUAUUUAAUUUUGUUUUAGUUUCA